AUGGUGAUCCCACCAGGUCCCGAAUCUUCUUCGCCCCUUGCACUUUCGAAUGGCUAUGCACAUGCGCUAGCUACCGACGAGACAGAACACGAGCUCGACAUGGCUGCGAAGAGCGAACACAGUCCAUCCGGGCCCAUCGAAUUCCACGACGUCUCCGAGUCCUCUUCCGAAGCCGAUGUCGCAGAUGAGUCCUACGAUGCGGGGUCACCGGCUUCUGAUGGAGAGGAUGAGGAUGCUGUCAUGGGAAACAGUGAAGAUGAGUUCGACCAUUAUGAUGGUGAAAAUUCUUCAUCGUCUCACCUUGACCGAGGUGUCAAGCGCAAAUCCACGCCGCCAGACGAAACGGAGUACAUGAGACAGAACCCUGACCUCUACGGUCUUCGUCGUAGUGGUCGCGCACAUCUUCCACUUAAUGUUGCCGACUCAUCUGAGUCGGAAUCAGAUGUUGGGCCACGUAAGCGCCGACGAAAGGAACCUUCUCAGCGGCCCCCGAAGACCUCACGGUCGACUACUGUAACGUCCGCCACCGAAUCUGACAGUGACGAAUACGGUCCAAAAAAGGCAAGCCGCCGACGUCGUGUGAAGGAGGCAAGCACAGGACCCUCACUCACUGAAGUGCGCUUCUCAACAAGAAACGCUGCCCGGGCAAAUUACAAUGAAGAUGAAGAUGACGACAUUUUCGAAGAUGACCAAGAUCAACUGCAGCCUAAUUACUGGGCAACUGACUUUGUGGAAGACACCCGGCCUGCUGUUGAUGUUGUCCUCAACCACCGGCUGAAGGAAGGCGUCGACCCCAAAAGCCCUACUGUCGAUCGCCAAGAUUUUGAAUUCUAUAUCAAGUGGCAGGACAAGGCACAUAUCCAUGCCACGUGGGAGGCAAAUGAGGCUCUGGUCAACUACCGAAGCCCACGCCGCGUUGACAACUAUGUGCGCAAAGUGCUCAACGAAGAUUUACGACUGCAGCAUGAUCCAUACGCUGCUCCCGAGGACCGCGAAAAAUGGAACCUCGAUCGUGAGCGAGACAUUGACGCUAUUGAAGACUAUAAGAAGGUCGAGAGAGUGAUUGGUGUUCGGGAAGGCGAAGAUGGCACGGAAUAUUACGUCAAGUGGAAACGGCUUUUCUAUGAUUCAUGUACGUGGGAAGCCGAGAACUUGGUCAGUGAGAUCGCACAACGUGAAAUCGAUCGCUUCAUCGAUCGCUCCGCUCGACUCCCCGUCUCGGAUCCAAAGGAGUCAAAUCCUGCUACCCGAAAGCCGUUUGAGUUCAUGCGCGAGUCUCCAAACUUCUUGGAAAAUGGAAAGCUGAAGGAUUUCCAAAUUGAAGGAUUGAACUUCUUGGCUUUCAAAUGGGUCAAAAACCACAAUGUGGUUCUUGCCGAUGAGAUGGGUCUGGGGAAAACAGUACAGACGGUGUCUUUUAUUAACUGGUUGCGCCAUAACCGGCGUCAGCAAGGCCCGUUCAUUGUCAUUGUGCCACUGUCGACCAUGCCGGCAUGGGCAGAGACCUUUGACAAUUGGACACCGGACUUGAACUAUGUGGUCUACAAUGGAAGUGAAAAAUCUCGAGACGUUCUCCGUGAGUACGAGCUCAUGGUGGAUGGCAACCCCAAGCGCCCGAAGUUUCAUGUUCUCCUAACAACAUAUGAAUAUGCUAUGAAUGACUCUGCUUUCCUGGGCCAGUUCAAAUGGCAAUUCAUGGCAGUGGACGAGGCCCAUCGGUUGAAGAACCGUGACUCGCAGCUUUACGUCAAGUUACUUGAAUGGAAAUGCCAAGCGCGUCUUCUUAUCACAGGCACUCCUGUUCAGAACAACCUGGCUGAAUUGGCAUCUUUGAUGGACUUCCUCAACCCCGGCAUCAUCCACGUGGAUGAGGAUAUGGACUUCAAAGACCCCGAAGCCUCGUCUAAAAAGCUGGCCGAGUUGGUUGGAGCAAUUCAGCCAUUCAUGUUGCGUCGAACCAAGUCCCAGGUAGAGUCUGACCUUCCUCCGAAGACAGAAAAGAUCAUUCGUGUGGAGCUCUCCGACAUUCAGCUGGAAUACUACAAGAAUAUCCUCACAAAAAACUACGCGGCUUUAAAUAGCGGUGGUGGUGGCGCGAAGCAGUCUCUUCUCAACAUCAUGAUGGAAUUGAAGAAGGCUAGCAACCAUCCUUUCAUGUUUCCAAAUGCGGAGGCAAGAAUUCUCAAUAACAGCACACGACGCGAGGAUAUUCUGAGGGCUAUGAUCACCAGCAGCGGCAAGAUGAUGUUGCUUGAUCAGCUUCUGCGAAAACUGAAAGCUGACAAUCAUCGUGUUUUGAUCUUUUGUCAGAUGGUUGGCAUGCUCAACAUUCUGAGCGAGUACAUGGAAUAUCGCGGGUACAGCUACCAGCGCCUGGACGGCACAAUUCCUUCCGCCGCUCGCAGAUUGGCUAUUGACCAUUACAACGCCGCUGGGAGCACCGACUUUGCAUUCCUCCUAUCCACUCGAGCCGGUGGUCUCGGAAUUAACUUGAUGACUGCAGACACAGUUGUCCUCUUCGAUUCGGAUUGGAAUCCUCAAGCUGAUCUGCAGGCCAUGGCUCGUGCCCAUCGUAUUGGCCAGACCAGGCCCGUGAGUGUUUAUCGUCUCGUCUCGAAAGAUACUGUCGAGGAGGAAGUCCUUGAGAGAGCCCGUAACAAGUUGCUUCUAGAGUUCAUUACCAUUCAGAAUGGUGUCACAGACCAAGAAGCAACGGAUAUUCACAACAAGAUGAAGACGCGUCCUCCUGGUGAACCUACGUCUUCGCAGGAUAUCUCUCGAAUUCUCAAGCGACGUGGCCAAAAGAUGUUUGAACAGACAGACAACCAGAAGAAGCUGGAACAACUUGAUAUCGACUCUGUCCUUGCCAAUGCAGAAUUGCACCAGACGGCAGAAGAGGGGAUUCAAGCUGAUGGUGGCGAGGACUUCCAAAAGAUUAUCAAUGUCAAACUCCAAGAAUAUCAGAAUUGGCAGGCAGAAGACAAUGCGUUGGACAGCAAGGAUCUCAAAGACUUCAUGUCAAAGGAUAUGGUUGACAAAAUCGAGGCUGAGCAGUCACUCAAGGAAAGCGAAAGACUCGCGGAGACACUCCAACCGAGUCAACCGAGAAAGCGCCAGGCACCGAACUACAUGACAGACUCUCGCGAAGAACGCAAGGCAAAACGCCAAGCACGAGCACAAGUUGCCAUUGAUGACGGAGAUGACGAAAGUAGCUCGCUGGACCCAAAGCGCCCUCUCGGUGAAAAGGAAUACCGCGCCCUUUCACGUGCAUUCCUUCGAUAUGGCGAUAUGGAUGACUGUGAGGCACUUAUCCUUGAGGACUCUCGGUUGCAAACUCGUGAUCGAGAGACUGUACGAGCAGCCCUUCGAGAGAUCACGGACAAGGCUGCAUCUUUGGUCCAAGAAAAUAUUGCCCAGAUGGAGGCCCUAAAGCAAUCCGGUAAAAACCUGACCAAGAAGGAGCAAAAGGCCGUCUUGUUCGAUCAUCAUGGUGUUAAGCGUUUGAACGCAUUUACCAUUGUAGAUCGCCCUACAGACAUGCGACUUGUACGGAGCCUCACCAGUUCCCUUUCCGACUUCAAAACAUUCCGUCUACCCGAGGCAACCAAACUAGCAGAUUAUAGCUGUUCAUGGGGUGCAAGAGAAGAUGGAAUGCUGUUGAUCGGCAUUGCACGUCAUGGCUUCGGUGCUUGGACACAAAUUAGAGAUGAUGUCGACCUGGGCCUGGGCGAUAGGUUCUUUCUGGAGGAGCACCGCGUUGAGAGGAAAACCCAGCGUGCCCAAGGCGAAGAGAAGGCUACCAAAUCCCCUGGUGCCGUUCACCUUGUCCGCCGAGCGGAGUACUUGUUGUCGGUUUUGCGAAACAAGCAUAGCCGUAGUAGCAACACUACUGCGAAACGGGCUGUUGACAACCAUCAUCGCAAUAACAAGCGAAACUCGCGCGUUGGCAGUGGUAGUGUCUCUGCAUCUCCCGCACCCUCUGCCCGAAAAGGACAACGCGAGGCUGAUCGAUCACGGCAACGUUCACACACCCAUGGGAGCCGAGAGGGAUCAGGUCGACACGGCACUCCUAAUAACGACCGUUCAAAGUCUGGAUAUGACGGUGAUCGUCCUAGACACCGUUUGUCCGAUACGGCACAUGAUGAACUUCAUCGACGGAGGGAGCAUGGCGGCUCUAAUAAAGAAGACAUGGCGUUCAUGUUCUUCAAGCCAAUUGUGCCAAAUCUCAAACAAGUUUCCAUGAUUACGGCUAAGAACUAUCCCGAGAAGGCUGAUCGUGCCCGAAAGUUAAGAAACACCAUUGUCAAGAUUGGUGAAUUCAUCGAUAGCACGUUGGAAGGCCAACAGUCCAUGCCUUCACUCGAAAGACGCCUCUGGGAUUAUGUGUCGGUUAAUUACUGGCCAAACAAAGAAGCUAGUGGCGCAAAGCUUCAACAGAUGUUCAUGAAGGUCCAGGAAGCUAGUAAAGCUUCGAAAGCCGCUACUGCCAGCACUUGA